AUGGUUCGAACGUGUCCGAACUGUGGCAGUUCCGAGAUCGACGAUGAUUCGGCCCGUGGCGAUUCCACGUGUAUGGGAUGUGGCACGGUGCUGGAGGAGUCCACGAUUGUCUCCGAUGUGGCAUUCCAGGAAAACUCGGCUGGCGGACAUUCACUUGUUGGUCAGUUUGUCUCGAAAGAUCGUGCCCAGCCGACCACAGUUACCGGUGUUCCGGGUCUAACACAUCGAGAAUCCCGCGAUGUCACAUAUUAUAAAGGGAAAAAAUUGAUCGAAGAAAUAUCCAGUCAACUGCGCAUUAAUCAGCGUUGUAUGGAUACGGCAUUUAAUUUUUUCAAAAUGUGCGUUUCACGUAAUUUUACACGUGGACGAGUGCGAUCACACGUAGUGGCUGCUUGCUUAUACAUGACAUGCCGUCUGGAGAAUACCGCGCAUCUGUUGCUCGAUUUCAGCGAUGUGACACAGGUCAAUGUCUUUGAUUUGGGUCGUACGUUGACUUUUCUGACGCGAUCGCUGAAGAUUUUUCUUCCGACCACUGAUCCCUGCAUGUACAUAUUGCGAUUUGCAGCUUUACUGGAUUUUGGCGAUAAAGAAAAGGAGGUUGUGUCGUUAGCGACACGGCUAGUGCAGCGUAUGAAGCGCGACUGGAUAGCCACAGGACGACGGCCGACCGGUCUCUGUGGUGCAGCAUUGCUGCUCGCAGCUCGAUGCUUCAAUUUCAAUCGUACAGUAGCGGAUGUUGUUCGCGUUGUACAUGUCAGUGAAGCUGUGGUCCGGAAAAGGCUUGACGAAUUCUCGCAAACACCGUCCAGCGCGUUGACCAUUGACGAAUUCGCCACUGUUGAUUUGGUUCGUGCUCUGUUCUUUUUUUAA